AGAUGACGCAAUGUUUCCGGGUGUAACAGCACGCGCCGGCCGGGGUAACUGUCGGUCAUUGCGCUUGGCAGCGAGAGAGAGAGAGAGACUGAAACACAAACCGGCUCUGGAGAUUGCACAUUUUAGAGCUACACAUCGGACACUUCCCUAAUCUUUCUGAACUUUGAUCUGGGAUCCUUAGUUGGACACAGGGCAACAAACUCGCUUUAUCUCAGGCUUGGCCUGAUCCCUUCAUCUUUCAGUCCCCUUCAGCUUCUCAGCAGAUGUGCGUCUGAACAUGGACCCGAGUACCAUUCUCUUGUUCCCAGUACAUGCAGUAGUAUGGCUCUACUCCCUCUUGAGCUUUCUACCAUGGUACUUCAUGACUGGAGUUCAGAAAAAGAAAUCCCUGGCAAAGAGAGUCAAAUCCAGGUCAACCACCGGUCAGGCUGAAGGGCCGUAUCGUUCCGUGGAUCGCUUCGACUCCCUGGUCACGGAGGACUAUGCUGGAAAAGACACACUUGAUAAGCUGUUUGACUAUGCGGUGGAGCGUUUCGGUAAAGCGGACUGCCUGGGAACCAGAGAAGUUCUGAGCAAAGAAAAUGAGACUCAGCCGAGUGGGAAGGUCUUUAAAAAGUUAAUUCUGGGCGAUUAUAAAUGGUUGUCCUAUGAGGAGAUGGACACUCAGGUCAGUCAGUUUGGGAGCGGACUGGCAGCACUAGGCCAACAGCCAAAAAGCACCAUUGCGAUUUUCUGUGAAACACGGGCAGAGUGGAUGAUCACGGCUCAGGCCUGCUUCAGACGCAAUUUCCCAUUGGUCACCUUUUAUGCAACUCUAGGAGAAGAGGCAGUGGCUUUCGGAUUGAAUGAGUGUGGAGCUACACACCUGGUCACCAGCGUGGAACUGCUGGAAACCAAACUGAAGAAUGUUCUUCCACAAAUCCCCAGUCUGAGGCAGAUCAUCUAUGUGGACAGGAAGAGCAUCAGCACAGCAGGAUAUCCACAGGGCAUCCAGAUCCACAGCAUGCACUCUGUGCAAGAGCUGGGAGCCAAGCCAGAAAACCUGAGCAGACCCAUAGUGAAGCCCGUCCCAUCAGACCUCGCUGUUAUUAUGUACACCAGCGGCUCCACCGGUAGACCUAAAGGGGUGAUGAUCAUUCACAGUAACCUGAUCGGGGGCAUGGCAGGCCAGUGCGAGAGGAUACCUGGAUUGGGUUACAGCUGUCAUGAUUCUUAUACAUCAGGUGGCUAUACGAAGCAUGACAACCCUCAUCCACGUGGUGAGAUCCUCAUCGGCGGUCCUAAUGUGACCAUGGGCUACUCCCGGAGUGAAGGCUGUAAUAAUGAGGACUUCUUUGCGGAUGAGAACGGCCAGCGGUGGUUCUGCACUGGUGAUAUAGGAGAGAUGCACCCUGACGGCUGUCUUCAGAUUGUCGAUCGCAAGAAGGACCUUGUGAAACUUCAAGCUGGGGAGUAUGUCUCUUUAGGCAAAGUUGAGUCAGCUCUGAAGAACUGCUCUCUCAUUGACAACAUCUGCGCUUACGCAAACAGUGACCAGAACUACGUUAUCAGCUUCAUUGUUCCUAAUCAAAAGAACCUGACAGCUCUUGCCAAUCAGAAGGGCAUUGAGGGCACAUGGGAAGAGAUUUGCAACCACCCAGUUAUGGAAAGGGAAGUUCUGAGAGAAAUUAAAGAAGUCGCAACUUCAAUUAAACUCCAGCGCUUUGAGAUCCCAGUUAUGGUCCAUCUGAGCCCGGAGCCUUGGACCCCUGAAACGGGCCUGGUGACGGACGCAUUCAAACUGAAGAGGAAAGAACUGAAGAACCACUAUCUCAACGACAUCGAAAGAAUGUAUGGCCACAAGUAGGACCUCUAUCACAGCCAAAGACGUCUUCAUCAGCUCCUUGCCGUACAACAUUGCUGUAUAUCAAUAAAUGUUAAACACCUUUUGCCACAACUGUCACCAGUUAGUGGUGCAUGCACAUUUUCAAAGACGAACAGUGUUGAUAAGCCGUUGGUCUGUGUAUUUUUAUUCCUGAGCUUUUCAUUCAGAGCUCUGUAGUCUCUCUGCUGUGACAUAGUUUACAAUUAGACCUGUUGAGUAAAGGACGAUAUUUAUCUUAUCCAGCAUUAAAGCAUUCACUAGUCUCUUGUGAAAAGGAUUUCAUCCAUACAACAGCGAUAUACUGCCAUCACCUUGCGCUUUCUUUUUUUUCGAACGUGUGAAAUUCUAUUGUUUGUAAAAAUGUUCACUUGUUUGGUUUAAUAGAAUUUGGAAACCACAAACCGCUAACUGAGGAACUCCGCCUCCUUGUAGACGCAAGUAAUGUGUAGUGAUGUUUCUGUGCCUUCUGAUUGGUCACUAUUUUAAACGUUGAUUCCCUAUUGGCUGCAAAUUAGAAUUUGAUUCCUGUGCUUCAUUCAUGCAGCGCACUAAGAGUUAGAGUCUUCAUAAUGGUUACAAACCAUGUUUUUUUUUUUAUAUAUACGGUACUUGAGAUUUCUUUUUGUUUUGGUUAUGAAAAUGUAUGUAAUGUUUUGAAUACUAAUUGAUGCAUUUACUAGUGCUCAUGGAUUGACUCAGGACAGGUUGAGAUGACUGGCAAGUAGUUUAUUGCUCAUUUGACCUGUUUGUUAGACUGAAUUUAAAUGAAGGGAAAACAUUUUUAAGGAAUAGUUUUUCCCUCUCAAGCCGGAGGUAAAGUUUGUAUUACAUCUGUAUCAUCUUUUCACGUCAGAUUUUUUUCAAACCAAUCAUUUUACUGUUAACAGUGUCUUGAUUGUCACAAGCUCGCUUGUCUGUCGCAGAUUCCACUUCUGCAGGCUUUUAAUAUAUUUGGUAAUAUGUCAUUAAACCAGUCCUCAAUACUUAAUGUAUAAAGCUGAAAAGGAACAAACCCAAGAAUAUGAAUUUUGAGGUUCAUUUGAAUCCUUGUUUAAUAUAUUUGUUUUCUUUUCUUUUUUUAAAGGAAGUGUGAUCUGUACAGGCACUGUAAUUUGUUAGCUCUUGGGUUACCGAAUGUCUCAUUCUAGAAAGUGUUUUAUUUAGAAUUAUUUUGUCAGUUGCACUAUUCUUUUUGUCAGGGAUUUUUAGCCAUUGUUAAACGAAUAGCCAUUAAGCCAACAAAUUCAUCAGUUGUUUUUUUUCCCCACACACAACCAUCAGGGUUCAAGUCACCUCAAGCUAGA